CUGCUGCUGCUGCUGCCAUCAUACAUUUCACCUUCUGUUGGUCGCAUGGUAAAAUUUCGUGAAGUAGAGUACCAAAUUUGUGAUAAAAUAGUAACAGAAACGCAUCGUGCUGUUGGGGCUCGCGGUGAUAACCAUUAUCGGUGCUGUUGACAGACCAUAGUGUUGGCUGUAUUCCGGCUGGGUGUGUUACAGUGGCUACAGCGGCCAAAAACCCACGGCAGCGAAUACCCGAGCGUUCUCGGACAGGGGGAAGGAUUUUUAGAAGGAAAAGCGAGCCGUGUCACACACAGGCACAACGCAGAGGCCGGGGCAACAGGAAGAGAAGUGUGUGUUGUGGUGGUCGGGAACGGUGGCGGAGCACUUUUGUUCACCCCUUCGCUCCUUCUUUUAUCACCUGAUAUUCUAACAUUAGACAAUCACAGAGAAUUGUCCGAUUAGUGCGUGUACGGUGUGUGUGUGUGUAACGGGGGGUUGCGGGAAAAGUGAUUUCGCGAGCUCUGGUGCAAAAGGAAUCAGGAAGAGAAGCAGAAGAAGACGGAGGAGCCCCAGCGAGAUAUCGAUUGCCAUUUCGGGCGGAGGAAAUUCGUCUACUACAGGGUGGUGCGCCGGUUGGCGGAAGGUUAAGAGUGCGCCUGCAACUGAUCGCGACCGAAGAAGCUAAACCGGGUGGUAGCAGCAACACCCAGUCCCCAAAGGACAUGUGUAGUAAACCCCGUAUGAAGGAGACGCACGACCCUGAAAGUUUGUGCCACGCGUGAGCAUAUAGCAGGUAGUGUCCCUUCGAAAAAUCGACCACCACAACUACUACCAAGGCGACGAGGCACAUUCGUCGGCUGAUCAUAGCAAAACCACCGCUCGGAUCGGUGCGCAUAAGCACGCACACACGCAGCGCCACCUGUGUCGUGCGUCGUGCGGUAGUAAGCGGGUGUUAUCGUCCACGAAGCGCCUCUUAGUGUGCCGUCGCACCCGAAAGGAGAUGGUGCUGCUGUUUCUCCUUUGACGCCGUGGUCACGGGUUGUGUGCGUAAACGUAGUCUCAAAACUUACGCACUGUCCGGGAGAGAGCUCCCUUGUUGUACGUGUGGAUCGAGAUUAAACAACACUGUUUAUACUGCCAUACCCAACCAACGACUACCCAUCAUCCCACCACCACCACCGCAACAAACACACGGACACAAGCAGCAACAGCAGUAGUCGAACCCAAAAACCCUUCAUCGACCUUGCAUUGUCGACCCAGUGCGACGAUCGUUCGGAAUUAGUUGCGCAGUGUGUGUUUGUACAUGAUUAAAAACGUGAUCUCUCCUUCGCUGAGAUAAAAUAGUAAGAUCAUAAACGUGUGUUGUGUCGGGGGGACUGUACGGGGGCUACUGCGACGAAUCAGAGCGAACAAAAAACCAAAUCGAAGGCGGUAGAACCAACCCGCCCUUGGAGAGUGUGUGAUAUUGCAUUCUGGCGUGUAUGUCAGGUUUUUUAAUGGGUCUACAGUGGAUAAAGGUGACGAAAGUGACAGUUACGAAAACAGAAGAACUUUGAUUCCAUUUUAGUGGCUCUUCCCUAGUGGUAGCAGUAGUACAUAAGCAUCGCCGUGUAUUGGAAAUAUUUAAAUCAUGUGAUAAGCGAGCAUAAUAUUUGUUCCCAACCCAUUCGUUUAACACAUAGUUGUGUAAAUCGCGCAUAAGUGAUAGUAAGCAAGAAAAAAAAAGUGAAGACAAAAAAAAUUAGUGGAUAAAAUCGUGACGGCGCAAACAUAUAUUUACGACGGGCGCUCAUUGGAUUACCAUAGCUACACUACACAUUAGCUUUACUCGUGUAUGAGUGUGUUCGUGUCAGUGCGUAAGUUAGACCGAUUGUUCUCCGAAUCUUGUUUACAUUACGGAAUCGGUCGGUUUUAGAUGUGUAAGCAGUUAGUGUGUUAGAAUCGAACUAGAAAAGUGUUUCGAAGUGUUAAGUACAACGCUGCAAAAGCGUCAAAGCGUUAGUCCCGCGUAGUAAGUGUAUUGUUGCACACACGAGAUGGACCGUGCUGUGGCUUGGUAUCAGGAGGAACAAGACGGUCCGUCGAAGCUAGUCUGGAUGAACAUUUGGGACACGAACUCCGAUCUGUACGGUUCGCUGCACGCUAACUACGGUCCCGGUAGCAAUAAUGGACAGGAAGCGUUGAAGGGUCCUGCGGUAUCCCGCGGCGGUGGUACGCUGGGUGCCCUCGGCGAUCAAAAGCAACACGAGCUGCCGUUUAAUAAUUCCAACAGUGGGAACAACAACAACAACAACAACAACAACGGUGUCGGCAAUCAUCAUCAGCAGCAGCAGCAACCGUCACCCGCAAUCGAAUCGACGGGGAAGAAUAGUAGCGGCAACAACAACAACAACGGUACCAACGACAAACCGACCAUCUUCAGCGGUACCGGUGGCAACGCUGCGGCACUGGUCAACAGUAGUAUACUAAACGGAAACAGCAACAACGUCACCACCCCGGGCAAUGGGAACGGAGGAACCAACAAUAAUUCAAACAGCAAUUGCAACAACAGCAACGGUGGCGGCACGACGAACGGCGGAGAGCUGACGACGGGCGGCGGUAACGGCUGCACCAACAACAACAACAACAACAACAUGGUCGGAAAAGGUGGAUGCGGAACCGGAACCGGUAUAGCGAGUAGCGAGAAGAACUAUAACCCGGUGCGCAAGAAACUGGGCAGCAUGAUGACGGACAAUAAGGCCAGCACAUUCAACAUGAACAAGCAGCAUACGCGGCUGAUCGGUGUGUACGGUGGAUGUCCCUGGCGGCCGCCAAACUUUAAGUAUGGCCGAGGAAUCAUUGGCUUACACCAAGAGAUAGAACAGUUUUACGCGCACAUGAUCGCCACUCCGACCGAGCAUGCCCUCCGUGUGAAGGUGGUGGGCCGGAUAGAACAGAUCGUGCUGAAUCUCUGGCCCUCGGCAAGGGUGGAAAUGUUCGGUUCAUUCCGAACGGGGCUCUACCUACCAACGAGCGAUAUCGACCUGGUUGUAAUCGGCCAAUGGGUUAACUUGCCACUACGCACGCUCGAGAUGGAACUGAUCAAUCAAGGCAUCGCCGAGCCCAAUUCCGUCCGCGUGCUCGACAAGGCGUCGGUGCCGAUAGUGAAGCUGACCGAUCGGCAGACGCAAAUCAAGGUGGACAUUUCCUUCAACAUGGAGUCCGGCGUACAGUCGGCGAAGCUGAUCAAGGGCUUCAAGCGCGACUAUCCGGUGCUGGAGAAGCUGGUGCUCGUGUUGAAGCAGUUCCUGCUGCAGCGCGACCUGAACGAGGUGUUUACCGGUGGCAUUUCCUCCUACUCGCUGAUACUGAUGUGCAUUAGCUUCCUGCAACAGCAUCACCAAAAGCCGAACGCGUGCUCCAAUCUGGGCGUACUGUUGAUCGAGUUCUUCGAGCUUUACGGUCGCAAGUUUAACUACAUGAAGAUUGGUAUUAGCGUGAAAUCGGGACGAUACAUACCGAAAGAAGAGCUGCAGCGAGAAAUGAUAGAUGGCCACCGACCGAGCUUGCUGUGUAUAGAGGACCCACUAACGCCGGGCAACGAUAUUGGUCGUUCUUCCUAUGGUGCGCUACACGUCAAGCAAGCGUUCGAGUACGCGUACAUAGUGCUGGUGCAAGCCGUCCUGCCGUUGGACAAAAAUCUGAACGAUUGUAACCGACAAAGCAUAUUGGGCCGAAUAAUACGCGUAACGGACGAAGUGAUUGAGUAUCGCAAGUGGAUAAAGGACACGUUCGAGGAAAAGCUGACCCGGCAACCGAGCUUACAGCAGCCGCUUACCACGACGACGGUUCUGCUGGGCGACCAUUACCUACCGCUUCAACCGCAGCAAACGGCAGCAGCGCCGCGUCACAUACCUCAGCAGCCGGCCGUCAUUCAUCACAUUCACCAGCAGUAUCCGCGCCAUGUCAUCCGAAGGCGACCGAGCUCGUCCAGUGUGGAACUGUCCGAGGAAAGUAUGGACAGCGAUGGCGGAGGCGCCAGUGGGGACUUUCACUGCAACAGCACGCCGACGACGACGGCCCGUGAUAUUUCGCCGUCAUCGUCCGCCGCCGGCCUAACGACCCGUUCGCCACCGAUCGAGCUGCACGAGCUGAACGGGGGUCCGCCGGCCGGCACGAUCAUGAUGCUCUCGACCGCGCCCCAUCCGCACGAUCUGCUCAUAGAGGAGAACAAUAUGCUUAACAUGACGCACCAUCAGCACCAGCAGCAGCAGCAGCAGCAGCAAAUGUCGACGGACCCAAACGGCAGUAUCGUCGUCGAUGGGCCGGUGCUCAGCUACAGCAACAUGAACAAUCGUCGCAUCGUGCCGUCACCGAAUCAGCACCAGCAGCAAAUUGUUAGCGGCGGCAACAAGACCCUGUACGGUCGCAACAGCACCGAGCGGAUCCCAUCGACCGGCAACGGUAUGGUCAAUGGCAAUAGCAAUGCUGCUUACAAUGUGCAGCCGCAACAGCAGCAGCAGAACGGCGGACUGAUUCGUCACAACAGCAAAAACCGACGGUCAGCCUCGAGCAUGCUCAAAAUGCCCACCAACACGUCCCCGGCCGCGUACCCUUCCUCCGAUGUAAGCAAUAAUAGUAAUAGCAGUAGCAAUAGCCACCUAGUCGCCGGCAUGGUUGUGAAUGACGAAAACAAUCUGCACUACCAUCACCACCACCAACACCACCUCCAUCAUCGUGCGGGCAGCCCGAAAGCCGCUACGGCGGCAACCGUUGUUGUCGGUGGACUGCCACUGCUACCGUCGAAUGCGCUCGCCGGCAGCAAUGUGGUGAUAAUGGCCCCCGGCAGUGGAGGACCAAACAGUGCGGUUGUGUCAAGCGCGGCAGGCGUUAAUUCCUCUAGCAGCAGCAGCAGCAGCAGCAGCAGCAGCAACAAAAAAUCCUCCCACAGUGGUACAAACUCCUCCAAACGCAAAAAGACUGUGUCGCCGGGAGAGAAGAAGAGUGUUGGUGGCGGUGGUGGUGGUGGUGGUGGCAGUGGUCCGAUGGCGGUCACGACGGGACCAAUUAGCUUUGGGCUGGCAAUGACGGCUGCCGGUGGGCCGGGAGCAGCCAGCGGUGGCAACGGUGGUAGCACGGCGACGACGGCGGCCACCUUGGACAGCCGAUGAUAGCCAUCCGUGGUAGGGGCGGCCUACCUGCAAAGGUUCCGCUACUAUCACUACUAAACAAUAUGCACACACACACACACACACACACACAGCCACACUACUAUUAGCUUCCGGUUGAAUUGAAAGUGAAAUUCGAAAAGGAUAGUGGAUGGCUGGCUAAUAAUUGGGGGAGAAAAUGCACACCCAGUGGUGUCGCGCUAGGCAGCGGCGUAUUGAGCCACUCGAUACACAGAAUGUGAUGCGUGGGAAAGGCAAAACAAGGGUAGUAGAAGGGGUAGCAGAAGUAGUCGUACUAGCGUAGUAGUAUAACGAAGAACGGAACGGAAGCAACGUACGAGGUCGGGUGUACGUCGCAACCGACGACGUACAGGGAACGUAUUCGGGGGAAAGAGAUUAGAACCGCGCCGCAACUCUUUACAUUCACACUCACUAGCCACAAGCUACACAUUACCUACGUUUAAGCGUAUAUUAAUUACCGACGUUUACUUAUUAUUUGCUGCCAUUACAUUCGGCUGUACAUAUUAUCCAAGCCCCGCGUUUCUCUCGGCUGUUCCGUGUGCUGCUGAUAGCUUUAGCUUUGGCGUUUUCUCCUCCCAAGGUGCAACCUGGGAAUCCUAUGACUCUGGCUGGCUGGCUGGCGUGUUUUCCGGAUCCUUCUUUGCCUGCUGCUGUUAUGAUCGUUUACACGUUCCCAUACAACUCACAGACCCGAUCAGGUUUACCUACUUUAACGCAGCUCUUGGAUGGCUUUCUCUUGGCCUCUAUCGAAUCUACCACUACUUUUCCUCUUUUAAGUCACUAACUUGUUCGUUCUCGCUUGUCUCAACUGUUUAUUUUUUUCUAUGAGUUUGAGGUUAGAUUUUUGUUUUGUUAACAUUUUUUGUGUUUUUAGAGGAUGUAUUGUCUCUGUUUGUUUUUUUCUUCUUCUUCUGGAACCAUAUCCAGAACACUUCCAAACUCCGUAUGAAAAAAAAGAAGCGUCCGUUGUAUUAGCAAACAAAAUAAAAUAAAUAAAAACACGGAGCUACACACUACACAAUAUAGGGGUAUAAGUAGUAACGAAAAGGCGAACAGUGUAAGUGGCCACGGUUGUUU